GUUUCUUGUUACUUGUACCAAGAGAUAAGAGUGUUUUGAUCAAGAUGAUGUGGGUGAGAGUGAAACUAAGACUGAACAUAGCUUAUAGGAUGACGAAGUUAUUUGGCCAAAAGCUUUACAGUAAACGCUGAACUGUCUCCUCCUGUCCUGUGAAGGGUGCUAGAGUCACUUCAGUUAGCACCGCAACCUUAUGUGUUUGUGCUUUGGUUUUAAAGGGGAACUUUCACGCGCUCGUCUGUGUACCUGUAUUGUCUGUAUUUAUCGUUUAAAUACAGCGACUUGAAAUAAAGUAGAGGAAUGGCUAAACUGGAUUGUCUGAACACUUUCAUGACCGAGCGCUUGAUGGCUGCUGUGAAGGAGAUCAUCUUUACGGUCGGCAGAACGGUUCGGGAGUACGAGGAGGAAACGGAGCGAAUCCGGAGCGAAAACAAGCGACUGAAACAAAUGUUGCGAGACACUGGGUGCUUCAGUGAAGAAACCAAUACCGCUCCUGUGCAGUCUUAUCAGCCCGUCUCCCCUGGGCAGCCCAGAUGGAUCUGCAGCCAGAAUGAGGAGCCAGAACCGUUCGAAGAGAUCCAGGAGGACCAAAGCCAGAGACUAGAUGAACAACAUCCCUUCAUUAAACCGGAAAAGCCUGAGUUCUCUGUCGAUGCUUACAGGGAAUCUGUAGCUUUGCCAUUAAAAGGCAGCAGCAACAACGAAGGCUCACAUGUGUGUGCCGAUCACACCGACACAAAUCCUAUUGAGGAUGAAAUGACAAACUGUCAUUUCCCAUCUAAAAUCAAAGUUGAAUUCAUGAACUCCGGCUUGUGUUCAGGCGAUGCAAUGGGGAGCACUGAAGAUGCAUAUCAGAGCUGGUCGCCACACAGUCCAGAUUUGCCUUUAGGGGCUUCAGACAUCUACAGAACACAGCAUCCAAACCAGCCAAUAUGUGCUAACAGCGAAGCUCCAGCCACGGUAUCUCAGCAUAGCAGUUCAUCUCUUGAUGCCAGUCACGUUUCAUAUCACAACAUAUUAUGUACAAACAGGGCCUACUGUAGCAGUAAAUGCUGUGAAAUGCAAAAGAGAACAAUAGCCAAAUCAAGCCCCGUAUGGAAGUAUUUCUCUCUAAAAGAGGGAGACUGUAGCAAAGCAGUGUGCCUUAUGUGUAGGGCCGUCAUAUCUCGUGGUCGCAAAGAAUACACAACAUCGGCUCUUCUAAAGCACCUUCGGAUGAAACAUGGAAAUGCGCUAAUCUUUGGCAGUGCUAAGAAGAGACGAAUGAAAGAAAUUACGAGAAAGACUGUGUGAAAACCACUCUGUGACAGUAUGGACACUGGCUAUUGUGCAUCAUGGCCAAAGUGUUUUCAAACAAAUUGUUUCAUCACAAUCUGCAUCAAAUGGAGUGGGUUAAGAUAGGCAAGUCCGAAAUGUAAGCUUACAAUAAGUAAUCCAAGCUUGGUUAUGGUUACAGAGAAAGAGUUGGGGGAAAAAUGCCACAAUCUUUAGCCUGUAAGUCUAACAAAAUAACAGGAUGUACAUACUCGCUAGGACAAGAUUAAUCUCAAAGAAAACUUAUAAAAAGAAAUAGAUUUAAUAAUUUUUACAGUCAUUUACAGAAUAUUUUACCACCCCACUGAAAAUGUAAGAUGUUCAGGUUUGAAGUUUUGAACUUGAUUUGUCUUUUAUAGUCAUUUUUGCAAUAAAUGAAUCAUGGUUUAA